UCUUGUUUCUCUUCUCUGUGUGUCUGUGUGUGUUAGUACAUACAUAUACAUAUUAUUUAGUAUAGGGAAAGCGGCGCGGGGCGGCCAUGCAUAGCAACGGUAAAGAAAAGGUGGUGGUGGAGGUGGUGGCGGCGCACAACCUGAUGCCGAAGGACGGCGAGGGGUCUUCGUCGGCGUUUGUGGAGGUUGAGUUCGAGAACCAGAGGCAGAAAACACAGGUCAAGCACAGAGACCUCAACCCCGUCUGGAACGAGAAGCUCGUCUUCCACGUAAACGACGUCGCAGACCUCCCUUACCGCACCAUUGAAGUCAACGUUUUCAACGAGCGGAGGUCCAACAACAGCCGCAACUUCCUCGGCAAAGUCAGGGUUUCCGGCUCCACCAUCGCUAGGGAGGGCGAGGAGAUGCCCCAGCUUUACACGCUCGACAAAAGGAGCCUCUUCUCGCACGUGCGGGGUGAGUUGAGUCUCAAGCUUUAUCUCUCCACAAAGGAGGAGGUCAAACAGGUUAUCAAUGGCGGCGGAACCGGAGCUGUCGUCUCCGGCGGCGGUGGUUCCGGCGGUGUGGUUUCUAAGAAAAACAAGAAGAUGCAGCACCAAAGUGGGAACAUGGUGGUGCCGAAGCAAAUGGGCUCGGGCCAAGAAAAUAAUAAAAUGGGCUUGGGUUUGCAGAACAACCAUGGCCAUUUGAAGCCCGUAGAGCCCGGUCCCGGCGACAUCAAACCCGUCGUCAUCACUACUGUUCCAGGUCCAGUUACUCCCACCUCCGGCGGCGGCGCCGCCGUGUCCCACCACGGCGGUGUUAAUGGCGGCGGCGGCCAUUUUCGCGGUGGGUUUUGUAACGACUACGCGCUGAAAGAAACAAGCCCUCACCUUGGCGGUUUGAACAACGACAAAACAACCUCCACCUAUGACCUCGUCGAGCAAAUGCAGUACUUGUACGUCAGAAUCGUCAAGGCCAGAGAUAUCUCCGUCUUUGGCGGCGGCGGCGAAGUGGUGGCGGAGGUGAAACUCGGCAACUACAAAGGCAUAACAAAGAGGGUUUCUUCGGGGCACGCAGAAUGGGACCAAGUCUUCGCCUUUUCCAAAGACACCAUACAGUCCUCCGUGGUCGAGGUUUUCGUGAAGGAGAACAACAACAAAGACGAUUUCUUGGGCCGUGUUUGGUUCGAUCUUAACGAAGUCCCCAAACGGGCCCCGCCCGACAGCCAGCUGGCGCCGCAAUGGUACAGAAUGGAGGACAAGAAAGGCGACAGAUCAAAUCCCAAAUGCAGUGAACUCAUGGUCGCUAUAUGGUUCGGUACUCAAGCAGACGAAGCCUUCGCCGAGGCGUGGCAUUCCAAAGCAGCAAACGUGCAUUUGGACGGUCUGUGUUCGAUUAAAUCGAAAGUGUACCUCUCCCCAAAACUAUGGUAUUUGAGGGUUGGUGUCAUCGAGGCACAAGAUGUGCUAUUAGGUGACAAAGGGGCUUCCAUGAACAUGAUGAGGUACCCCGAGCUUUUCGCCAAAGUACAAGUCGGAAACCAAGUUUUACGUACUCGAAUCGCAUCGCCCACAGCUAGCCGGAGCCUUGCUAACCCUACUUGGAACGAGGACUUGCUCUUUGUAGUCCCUGAGCCUUUUGAGGACUAUUUGUUGAUCUCGGUUGAGGACCGUUUGGCACCUAAUAGAGACGAGCUAGUCGGGCGGGUCAUUUUGCCCAUUGGAAAUAUCGAGAGGCGGUUCGACGACAAGUUUGUUGUUUCUAGAUGGUACAAUCUCGAGACCCACGAAUCGAAAUCCGCGGUUCGGUUCGCCUCAAGGAUCCACCUUCGUGCUUCGCUCGAAGGUGGUUACCAUGUUCUCGAUGAGGCUACAAUGUACAGUAGUGAUGUUAGGCCCACUGCAAAGCAGCUGUGGAAGCCACACAUUGGUGUUCUUGAAGUUGGUAUAUUAGGUGCCACCAAUCUCAUGCCAAUGAAGAUUAAAGAAGGGAAAGGAGGGUCCACCGACGCUUACUGCGUGGCCAAGUACGGGCAGAAAUGGGUCCGGACAAGGACUGUGGUCGACAGUUUGGCUCCGAAGUGGAACGAGCAGUACACUUGGGAAGUUUUUGAUCCGUGCACGGUUAUCUCAAUAGGGCUUUUUGAUAAUUCACGGGUCGACAAGAGUCCAACGGGCCGGGAUACACGGAUCGGAAAGAUCAGGAUCCGUUUGUCGACCCUCGAAACUGACAAGGUCUACACCCAUGCGUAUCCAUUGUUGAUGCUGCAUCCAUCAGGUGUUAAGAAAAUGGGGGAGCUUCAUUUGGCAGUUCGGUUUUCAUGCGCGAACAUGUUCAAUGUGCUGCAUAUGUAUUCAAUGCCUUUGCUGCCGAAGAUGCACUAUGUGCAGCCGUUGUCCGUCAGCCAGCUGGACGGUUUGAGGUACCAAGCCAUGAACGUGGUCUCGUCAAGGCUGAGCCGGUCCGAGCCACCGUUGGGGAGGGAAGUGGUUGAGUACAUGCUGGACCACGAUAGCCACAUGUGGAGCAUGAGAAAGAGCAAGGCUAAUUUCCUUAGGCUCACGAGCGUUUUGUCUUGGUUUGUUGCUAUGACUAGGUUGGUGGAGACUCUGAUGACGUGGCGCAAGCCGGUGUACUCCACUUUGUUCUUGAUUGUUUUUACAGUGCUUGUUUUGGUGCCGGAGCUCAUAAUCCCGUGUGGGCUGCUCACGUUGGCUACGAUGGGGAUGUGGCGGUACCGGUGUAGGCCACGCCACCCGCCCCACAUGGACACUCGGCUCUCGUACGCAGAGAGCGUCCAUCCGGAUGAGCUGGAUGAGGAGUUCGAUUCGUUCCCGACGAAUCGGACGGCUGAGAUCGUUCGGAUGAGGUAUGACCGGCUCAGGAGUGUGGCGGGGAGGAUACAGACGGUUGUUGGUGACAUGGCGACUCAGGGGGAGAGGUUUCAGGCUUUGCUGAGCUGGCGGGACCCGAGGGCGACUUUCUUGUUUGUGAUUCUUUGCUUGAUAGCUGCCUUUGGAUUCUACUUGGUGCCGAUUAGAUGGGUGGUGACUUUUGGGGGUUGGUGGUAUUUGAGGCCACCCAAGUUUAGGAACAAGUUGCCUUCGAGCGUUGUUUGCUUCUUCAAGAGGCUGCCCACAAAUGCAGAUAGCAUGUUGUAGAAUAUGGCGCAGGGUAGGGUGUUUAGAAUCUGCACAGUAGGGGGUUUUAUCGGACUUGUGUUUGUUUGUAGGUUUAUUAUCUAAGGUUGUCUUUUGUAGGAGGGGUUGAUGGUUUUUCUUUGUAGGGUUAAGGUUGGUAAGUGUAACGCUAUAUGCGUUACUACUGUCGGAACUGAUGAAUUAUUUCAAUGUCUAUUAUGUCUUUCGUGGUCGUACUUUUCGACCUAGU